CUGUCAUCACAGACAGACAUUUCCUCAUAAUGUGGUUCUACCUGGUGACUCUUGUGGGACUUUACCAUCUUCUGCGUUGGUAUCGUGAGAGGCAGGUGGUGAGUGGUCUCCAUGACAAGUAUGUCUUCAUCACGGGCUGUGACUCAGGCUUUGGGAACCUGCUGGCCAGACAGCUGGACAGGAGAGGAAUGAGGGUGCUGGCUGCAUGUCUGACAGAGAAGGGAGCGGAGCAGCUAAGGAGCAAGACAUCUGAGAGGCUGGAGACAGUGAUCCUUGAUGUUACCAAGACAGAGAGUAUUUCAGCAGCCACUCAGUGGGUGAAGGAGCGUGUUGGAGACAAAGGACUCUGGGGUUUGGUUAAUAAUGCAGGUGUGUUACAACCAUUUGCCUACAUUGAGUGGUACCGACCAGAGGACUACAUGUCUAUCUUUCAAGUGAACCUCAUUGGUUUGACCCAGGUGACUUUGAGCAUGCUUUUCCUGGUGAAGAAGGCUCGGGGCAGGAUUGUCAAUGUCUCCAGUGUUUUGGGAAGAGUCGCAUUGUUUGGAGGAUUCUACAGUUGCUCCAAAUAUGGAGUUGAGGCAUUUUCAGACGUGCUAAGGCGUGAGAUUCAAGCUUUUGGGGUGAAAGUCAGCAUAAUUGAACCAGGGAGCUUCAAAACGAGGAUGACGGAUGUAGAGUCAAGCAUUGAGAAAGUCAAGAAAGCCUGGGAAGCGGCCCCUGAGCAUGUCAAGGAGUCCUAUGGACAGCAGUUUUUUGACGACUUUUGCAGCACCACCAGACGAGAGCUGAUGAAGUGCAGCACGAACCUGAGCCUAGUCACAGACUGCAUGGAGCAUGCUCUGAUCUCCGCGCAUCCUCGCACCCGGUACUCGGCUGGCUGGGACGCCAGGUUUUUAUUCAUCCCUCUAUCUUAUUUGCCUACGUCACUGGUUGACUACAUAUCGGCCAUAUCUAGGGGCAAGCCCGCUCAGGCAGCCUGAAGGAUCCUGGAUCAGUGCCUCCUGGAAUGAAGAAAUGUCUCAAGCUUUCUGUGACGACACGUUCUUUUGCCUAAACCACUUCUCUGGCUGU